AAUAAAAAUAUAACUAGAAAAUGAAAAAGAAAAAACUAGCCAGUUAACAUGAAAAAAAGGAAAACCAAUUCGUCGGUAAUCUAAUCGCCAGUCCAGUACUACCAUCUACACCUGCACUCACAAGCUCUCAGCCGCCGCCUCCAUCGUUGGCCGUUGUUCGACCACACUUUCUCUUCCCUCUCCACUGUUACCUCCAACCUUCGUUCCUCACAAUUUUAUUUUGCUUUCAAUUGGCAUAUUUUUUAAGCACAGAAAUGGCUGCGACUUUCGCUUCUAAGUGUAGUCGAGUGGGCCGUUCACUGUGGGGGGGACUUGGCAACAACUUGUCUGGCUUGCUAAGUGCAUCACAUGAGACGGCAUGCAACCAUUUCUUGUCUCAGUUAGUUCUUGAAAUUCUGCAGCAGCAAAGGACUUUUAUCCAGAUGAGAACUGUUCUGAAGGUUGUGGACAACUCUGGAGCAAAGAAGGUAAUGUGCAUACAGGCUUUGAAGGGGAAGAAAGGAGCGAGAUUGGGAGACACCAUAAUUGCAUCUGUGAAGGAAGCGUAUCCCAAUGGAAAAGUGAAGAAAGGAAAGGUUGUGUACGGUGUAGUCGUUCGUGCUGCCAUGCAAAGGGGCCGCUGUGAUGGGAGUGAGGUAAAGUUUGAUGACAAUGCUGUGGUGCUCGUUGACAAGCAAGGCCAGCCAAUAGGGACUAGAGUUUUCGGUCCAGUUCCACAUGAGUUAAGGCAGAAAAAGCAUGUUAAGAUUCUUAGUUUGGCGGGUCAUAUUGCCUGAGCCUGAUGUGGUACGAAACACAUUGGAAUGCCAUAUACACACUGGAGAAUACUACCUUUUCAUCCCACCAACAUCCAGGUGGCUCGUUAUGUCAAUUGGGAAUUGUAAUACUAAGAAUUUAUUCUUUCUCGUUUCCAUUGAUGUGUAAUUGAUCCAGCAAUAAUUGAUUGCAAAGGGUUGGGUUGUUUGGACUCGGUUCCAUUCUUAUGGUCGGGAUUCAGAGACUUUUAGCCCAUUUUGGUAGGGCUAUAAGAAUUGUGGGCAUCAGGCAGUUGACUGCCUAGGUUGAGUAUUGAGUUUUGAAGGAUUA